AUGGCGUCCAGUGUGGUGGAAUCGGUGGAAAGCUUAUCUGAGAUACAUCAACUUUUUAGGGACAUAUCCUUGAAGUUUUCUCCUGCUGAAUCAGAGGAUGUCGUGCAGUCUGUGAAGAGGAUUUACGGAGAGCAAUUCAAAUCGCUGGGAAAGCAAGAUUUGAUGUCAUGCUUGGGUCGUUCAUAUGAGUUCGGUUAUGUCACGGAUACGAAACUGACGCUGAUCAAGGAGUUUAUCGCUACAAAAUCAAGCAAUGAAAAUGAUAUUAACCAAAGAAUCGAAGACUUCGAGACCUUCCGCCCACCGCAGUCUGAGCUGGAGAAGAUAUUGGGAGAAAGAAGUGAUGAAAUCACGAAAAUUAUGGAAAUACUUGAAAACAGACAAAAGCCUAUUGUCAAUUUGUACGGAGUAGGGAAGUCAACCGUUGCGAAGGAGAUUUGUGGAAAAUGGGGAGGACAGACAUAUGUUGUGGACUUAAAAGAAGCUGAAAACAUGAGAGCAGUUUGUCUCAAUAUCAUGACCACCCUUGGAUUACCUGUAUUUUUCGAUACAGAACACAUCAUUUUGGAUUCCCCUGAAAACGGUUUCUCGGCUGGUGUGGACCACGAACAGGAUAUUGUUAACGUGAGAAAACCUAAAGACACGAGGAAAGUCCGUCCCGACUUUAUGGAUUCCCUUGACCUAACAACCCCAGAUGAUUCUAGAGCCAGGAACUCUAUUGUUAAAAGAAUUUUUGGUCAUAUUGAAAAGGAGAACAAAGAUCACUCCAUUCUUUUGGUUCUUGACAAUUUCGAGGAUUCCACUAAAGGAAAGCAAAAGAAGGUUAAGGACUUACAUGUAAACUUAGAACCUCACCUUCUAGAUUUUUUGGGGGAGCUUUCACGAUAUGAAAGCAAGGCUGUAACAGUACAUUUGCUUCUGACCUCAAGGACUCAGUUGAGAGAUUCAAAGGUUACCAAUUAUGAAUUGCAGUUUCUUAAAAACUCUUUGUUAGAGGAAAUUUUUUUAUCUGAUGUUGAUGCACAGCAGAAAAAGAGACUUCUUGAGAUCUGCAAAGGAAACCCAUUGCUACUGGUGGGAACAGCUGCAAUUUUGAAACAAAAAAGAAAAUCACCCAGUGAUCUGAUUGAUGUGAUAGAAAAGAGCUCUCAAGGGGAAGCUGAAAUACCAGUGAAAUCAAAAGGUGAAGAGGAUAUGGAAGAAAAACCUUUCAAUUCAGAAGAAGAAGGCAUCGAUAAAGAACAAUCAUCACUGAUCAGAGAAAUGUUUUAUACCCUACCAUCUGACAUUUUGAGGGUUUCAGCCGUAUCAGUAUCCCUGUUUCAUGGGCCCUUCACUGCUUCUACAGCAGCCAAAAUUCUUGAUGUUAGCACGUCAGAAGUAGUGGCACAGCUUGAAGGACUGGUAACUAAUGGAAUUAUUCAGGUAGCUGAAAAAGAUGCCAAGCAGUUGAUGUAUGUCAUUCAUUCACUUUUAAGAAAGUAUGCUGAAAGCAUUAAAAACGAUGACAUGUUCUGUGACUCUUACACUGAAGCCAAGGGCAGAUUUUACGAGCACUUCAUGUCAAAGAUGAACCAAAUUGCUGGAUUAAUGAAGACCAACAACAUCAAAGCAGUCAAUGAGUUUCAAAGAGAUCGUCCAAACUUUGAGUUUGCAAUUGACAUCUCCUUGCUUCCAGAGUACUUCAGUGUUCCUGGUGGAUACCAUGAAAUUACAUUGAUUGUAUUCCUUUUCAAUGCCGUACUGGCUGAAAAGAAAAUGAUCAACGUGUUCCAUUCCUGGGCAGAGAUGUGCCCAAAUGAUGGAAAGUUAGGUAUGCAAAAUUUUUUCAAACUUAGUUAA